GUUGGUGCUGCACGUUGAAGAGCCGUAGAAGAAGAGUUACUGUUGUAAACACAAGGAUAUGGCUGACGAGAGGGGUGGAGGUGAAGACAACAUUAACGACAACAUGGGAAACCAGUUACAGCUGCUGCCAGACAAUGAGCAGGAGGAGGAAGAGGAGGAGGAUGACAUGGAGACUGAAGACCGAGACAGUGAGGAAGCAGGGAAGCCCAACAUCAUCACCUUUGACCCCAGUCUUCCCACAUCACAUGCUUAUCUGGGCUCAGACAUGGAGGAGUUUCAUGGCCGCACAGUCCACGACGACGACAGCUGUCAGACCAUUCCUGUGCUGCCACACACAGCUGUGAUGCUGGUUCCAGGCCAGACGCUGCCUCUGCAGCUGUUCAGGCCGCAGGAGGUCAGCAUGAUGCGGAGCGUCAUCCAGAGAGACCGUACCUUUGCUGUGCUCGCACACAGUGAUGCGGGUGAACCAGAGGCAGAGUUUGGAACCACAGCUGAAAUCUAUGCAUACCGCGAGGAGCAGGAGUACGGCAUUGAAACAGUCAAAGUGAAAGCUGUAGGGAGGCAGAGAUUCAAGGUCCAUGAGAUAAGAACUCAAGCAGACGGGAUCAGACAAGCCAAAGUACAGAUCCUUCCAGAACGAAUCCUUCCAGACCCCCUCUCUGCUGUGCAGCUGACGCCCCUGUCCAGGCUCCACAUGCACCCCUCCUCAACACCCCAGAGCUGGAAACAGGCUCAGUGCUGGUGGACUAACUAUCAACAGAGGAAGUUUCACUGUGCCAGCCUGACACCGUGGCCACCGUGGGUCUACGCACUCUACGACUCUGAGUCGCUAAUGAACAGAGUGAAGAAACAGCUCCACGAAUGGGACGAGAAUCUGAAGGAUGACUCUCUCCCUACCAAUGCCGUAGAUUUCUCCUACAGAGUGGCAGCCUGUCUGCCCAUAGAUGACGCUCUGCGGCUUCAGCUGCUGAAGAUUGGCAGUGCCAUCCAGAGACUUCGCUGUGAGCUGGACAUCAUGGACCGGUGCACAUCACUGUGCUGUAAGCAGUGCCAGGACACAGAAAUCACCACAAAAAAUGAAAUUUUCAGCUUGUCCCUGUACGGCCCCAUGGCUGCAUACGUAAACCCUCACGGUUACGUCCACGAAACCCUGACAGUCUACAAAGCCAACAACCUCAAUCUGGUCGGCAGGCCAUCCACGCUGCACAGCUGGUUUCCAGGGUACGCCUGGACAAUUGCUCAGUGCCGAACCUGCGGGUCUCACAUGGGUUGGAAGUUCACAGCCACCAAGAAGGACUUGUCUCCACCUCGUUUCUGGGGUCUGACUCGUUCAGCCAUGCUCCCCCGUAUCCCCCAGGGUGAAGACGGAAGAGAGGGCUCUCGCGUCUUCUGCCUGUGACGUCAGACCAUCCAUCUGCCUCGUUUGAAAAAAAAAAAGCCCUGCACACCUCCCCAGCCCUGGAUCUUCAGCCACUGUCUGGCUGCGAUUACUUUGAGUAGUCAAUGCAUCACAAUGUCUGUCACCCCCUGCCAGCAAAUCCAUCAUAUUAGAGGAAAGGUCCUUCAACCUUUAAAUGGCACUCGAAGGGAAGAUUAGACCAGGAUGGAGGUAGUGGUUGUUCUUAAAGGCUAUUAAAGCGUGGAGGCGGUGUUGAGAUGCUGAAAGCAUUUUGUUGAAGUGGGAAAAAAAUGGAGAGUGACAGGUGAGACGGACUGACUUCAUGACAUGUGGUUGACAUGCCAGCAUGCCGCUCCCUGACCUGCACCUCUGUCCAGCUGUUUUCUUGGUUGCUGCAGGCCCACAUAUACACACAGAAACAAAAGGUUUGCUGAAUGCAUAUUCUUCUUUUAUCCUAAACUCCUUCUCUUCAGUGCAGAGUCUGACCGCAUGUAGCUAACACAGAGAUAUCAUCGGCAAUCUGUAUUGGCCACUUGAAUCUGUUCUAAAUAUCCACAUACAGUAAACUUACAGUGCUUUCAACAUAGCAUUCAGACCCUUUUGUUAUUUUAGCUGCCAUAGGCCAGUGGAGGAAACCGUUUGAAUGAAAGUGCUCUCAUGUACGUGUCGAUGUGUCACGAUACGGGAUGUUUUGAAACAUGGAAUUAAAUUGGAUGUAUUUUUGUAUGCAAGACGAUUGGAAAUUAAUUUAACACACCCAUUGAUGUGUACAGAAACCGUGCAUUUUAUUAUCACAGCAGAUUUUUUUUUUUAUUUUCUAGACAAAAAGCUGAGCUCACAAUAAUGAUAAUGUGUAAUAUACCUGAUAUAAUCUGUGUCUGUUUUGUAUUUAAUGGAGGCUCAUUGUCGCAUCUGAUGAUAUGCUUCAGGAAAUGUUGUUAUCUCUGGUUGCACAAGUGAAAAUCAGAGAUGUAUUGUUGCCUCGUGGCAGACUGGUUAUUAAAGGUCAGAGCUAAUUAAGAUGGAGAGCAAGAGGAGCAUUUACCCUCCUCAUUUAGUUUGUUCAUGUUGCGUGGCGUGUUAAAAUGCUGUGUCUACGCUACAACGCAGUGUCUUUUCAAAAGCUGAAAAAUAAAUGAAACACAGAUGUUAAUGAAAGAUUAUAAAUGGCAAUGUGAUGUUAAGAUUUAUAAUUAACUGUUUACUUUUUUUUACGAUUGUCACACAGCUUUCAGGAUGUUCCUUCUUGCUGUUUUUGUUGCAAGGUGCUGGCUCACGUUUGUAUAAAUGUAACUGUUGUUAGACAGUUGCAGCGUUUGUGAGUGCAUUUUGACUGUUGUUCUACUGUUUGUAGAAUGUAACUUAUUUCCCAAAACUUUUCAAUCUCUGACAGUUGCUACAAAGUCUUCUACAUCAGUAGGCAGAGUAACUGAACGCAAUAAGAAAUGUAGAAUCUGAAGAUCUUUCUGUCUAAUGAAAUGUUUUUGGAUAUAGUAGACUUUUUGGGAAAAACUUAUCUUUUUUUCUUUGUUUUUUUUUUUGCUGAGAGUGAGGGAGAUUGACACCACACUCAUAUCAUUCAGAUAAAUAUUAGGCUAGCACCAAUAGCUAGUUAUUUUAGUUUUGCACAGAGCCUAGAAACGGGAAUGGUUAGCACGUUGUAGCUUGCUUGUUGAGUUUGUAAAGUAAAAAACUCAGUUUUUACACAGGAUUGUGUUUUUACAGACAAAACAAAGAAGUCAGUAUGUUGCAGGUAGGCAUUUUUUGCUACUUUGGACGGAGCCAGGUUAGCUGUUUCCACUUUUUUUUUUUUUUUUUUUUUUUUUUUUUUUUUAAAAAAACAGUCAUGCUAAGCUAAGCUAACCAGCUGCUGGUUGUAGCCUUCCUUCUAACAGACAUCAAACUCACUGGCUUUAAAAUAAAUUAGCUUAUUUGCCAAAAAAAAAGAAAGAAAAUGAGCUAUUCCUUUAGCAGGGGGGCAGCUUUCAAUACAACUCAUCUUAUAUGUUAUUCUUCUGGGCAAAGCAUGAUAUCAGUGUGCAGAGUUGUGUUACUUUGCAUUUCAUCCUGAGCAGUAAUCAAAUCACUGAUCCCUCAGAAAUCUGAAAAUGUGUGCCUCCUUGGAAAACAGUUUUUUCAAAUCACAUUUCAAAGUUUUUAGUUAACUCUCAAAUUUUACAUCAUAUCAUUUUGUUUCAUUAGAGACGUUUUCACCAGAAGAAUAACACAUGAAAUCUAAAUUUCUGUGCUGUGCCUCUUCUCUGUCAUAUCACUGGCUGAGUGUUUACCGCGCUCUCAGAUUCUUAUUCACCUAUAAAACUAUAAAAUGGAUGCUUCACUGAAGAAAUCAGUUGCCUGGAUCCAAAGAAGGCCUUUGCUUGUUUUUCCAUGUUGUUCAGUGUACCACAGAGAAAAAUAAACACGCAGGUUCCAAGCAGCGACUCUCGCCUGAUUUACAUUUGUCACCAAAAUGAUCAUGAUGUUUUCAGAAAGACACCUGUAGCAAGGUAGGGACGGCAUCAAGAGACAAAAGUUCAUGCAACACGUGCGUGUGCUCAUUUAGUUAAUGUCUGAGAUAAUGCACUGACUUUUAACAAGCAGGUAAAAGGUUUCCAUGCACUCCCAGAAUUAGCAAAUCAUCAAAGCCGUAGACGAAUCAACAUGUACCUUUAUUGUGCUUGUGUGCUUUCAUGUCUCUGCUAAAAAACAUGUUUGUGGUGUAUUAAUGUCACGUGCCGAUUCACAUGGCUGAAAGAUGAUUUGUAUGCUGGAACAGUGACAAUCUAAUGAGUCUGUGCUUGGGGGAGAUGAGCCAUGUCGAUCGUUGUGUUUCAGUGAUAUCUUGAACGUGAGGGCCACUCACAGAAGAGCAUUUAAAAUAAAGAAGUACACAGGGUUUGGCACAUGCAGCACAUGACAUCUCAUUUCUCACCACUUCAGCUUGUUAUUAAAAACACUGUUUUUGCUUCAUGGCUUCAGCAGGCUUUGUGUUUCUGUCUGUUUAAGGUGAAUAAAUUAAAUAGUUGGUAGCGUA